CACCAGGAGCCCACCCUUGUGCUGUUCACCGUUCGUUUCAACUCGCCCCUGCACACUUCUCCAGCCUGGAAGUCCCCAAUCCACGCAAGGAUCCUCACCUGCGUGCCGAGCCACGUUAUUUUCUUUUUGCCAUUAUUUUUUGAUCCUGAACCCUCACCCUCUCUCUCUCUCCCGCCGUCAGAACCUCUGUCACGGGAUCUUGUUGAUCUGAUCUAUCUUUCCUCCUUCUGUUCUAUUUUCUCUCCCUUCACAAAAGGAACAUCUCCCACAUCUCAUCUCGUCACAUCAGAUACGUCUUCAAACAAGAUUCUCUGCGAUCCCACACCUGUCAAGCCACCUCACGGUCCAUUUGACGACGACUCCCUCCCUCCGACGACUUACUUUUUUGUCCCUACCGCGCCAUUGACGAUUUCUUUGAAGGCUGCGGACAGGCAUCCGGCAGCUCUUUGGCAUAGCGAGGGGGUGAAUUGUGACUGGUCAUCGCAAAUUCAGGCGAGAUUUUGACAUCAAGGUGCCAAUACCUUGCUCCGUACCUUAGCUGGGUGAUUCAGAUCGGGACCCACUGGAGCAAGGAGCGAUAGACGUGGAAUUUCUUUCCAGCCAGACCGCAGUCCGCACCGCAGCUCUUUCCACAACAGAAAUUUCCGUCGCGGCCGGCUGUAGACCUUGUUUUUUUUUUUUUUUUUUUUUACCCUUCACACAACAAAAAACAAGAGCAGACCGGAAUCCGAAUCCUCCUGCCCGCGCCACAUCCCAUCCCAUCGUCGUGGUGCAGUUACCAGACAGUGGCGCAAGUCGAGCAGUCGAGCAGCAGUCGAGCGACGUAAUCCCAACCGACCCCAAAGUUUAAGUCACUACCGCGUUGUGGCCAAGGCGCGUUUGCAGUUCCUCUGCUCAGCAACAAAAGCCCACACUUGAACCGUGCACCUGAACCGUGCCUUCACCACCCUCGCAAGCGACAUCAAGCGGCCAUCACCAGCUGUCGGUGCCGCCAUAUAUUGCGAAUAAAGGCAUCAAGAUUCGUCUUUUUUGACGUGUCAGCCUCUGUCAGGCUCAUCCUGAGGGAUUCAACUGAGCUAGACUCUUGACCCUUGAACCCACAGGGCAAACAUGUCACAAUCUCCAUCAGCCUCUGGUGCGAUGGGAAUUGGCAGUGUGCUGAACAAUAAAGGUGCCGCCGCCGCCCAAGCUCUCCAACAAGCCGGAGCCAUGCCUGUCGACCAGCAAGUCCAGCAGCAGCUUCAGCAGCAAGUUCAACAGGUCCAACAAGUCCAACAGCAAGUCCAGCAGCAAGCCCAACAGGUCCAGCAGGCUCAACAGCUUCAACAGGCCCAGCAACCGCUUCAACAGGUUCAGCAGCAGCAGCAACACCAACAAGGUCAGACCAUUCCACAGCAGGUUCCCAUGAACAGACCAAACUCGCCGCAUGGUUCCGAGAAUUCGGGAUACACAUAUCCCUCCCCAACCGCGAUGGGGGGCGCGCCAUUGCCGCCCGCGAACAUGGCCCCUGCGCCCAUGGGCAUUCCCAUGCAACAAACCAUGCAGCAGCCCAUGCCACAGUCCAUGAUUCCUGUCAUGCACCCCGGGUUCAAGACCGAACCUACUCCCGCUCCUCAGCAACCGCCCCCAAAGGCGUACCCCUGCCAGACGUGUGGGAAGGGCUUUGCCAGGCGGAGCGAUCUUGCGCGCCAUGAGCGCAUUCACAGCGGAAUCCGUCCCCACGUUUGCGAUUACCCGGGAUGUGGGAAACAGUUCAUCCAGCGAUCUGCCCUGACCGUCCACCAACGUGUGCAUACCGGCGAGAAACCCCACCAGUGCGAGCGUUGCGGAAAGCCCUUCAGUGACAGCAGCUCUCUCGCGCGUCAUCGUCGAAUUCACUCGGGGAAGCGGCCAUACAAGUGCCCUUAUGUUGACUGCCAAAAGACCUUUACGCGCCGUACAACCUUGACCAGGCAUCAGAACCACCACACCGGAACAGUGGAAGACUCGCAGCGGGCUCGCAACGAGGCUCUGGCUCAAGGCUCCAACACCGCCUUGGCCGCCGCUGCUAUUAGGAACAAGCGCGGGGAUAGCGAACAGGCGUCCAACCAGGAGUCGCCCAUCACGACACCCUCUCCCGCUCAGCGUCCCAUGUCCAUGUCUCCCAACGAAGAUCUCGCCAACAUUAACAACAUGCAGCAGUAUCUGACCAACACCUCGCUCCCACCGCACAUUCGUGGUGAUGUCCACGGAGGAAGUCCCGUUUCUACUGCCUCCUCUGGUUACAAUAACGGGAUGCGUCCCACCUCGCACCCAAGCGGCGGGUAUGCUCCCCCCCCGCCUUUGGAGCCCAGUCUCGAUCAGUUUCAGCAAGGCCCCGGUAGCGCGAGUGGCAGCCCUCACAUUGGCAGUGUCGGCUGGGCUUCCCCCGGUCCUGUUGGGUCCCCUACCGAGAGCCACGGCCAGGGUGCGUCGGUCUAUCCGGACCCCGAACCAUCGUAUCAGAACACGGCUCAGAUGGGUCAGAUAUACUAUGCCAGCGCUGCGACACAGGGUCGUCGGCCCGGGAGCACGGAGCCAGGUCAGCGGCCAAGUGAGAUGUGGACGGGUCACUCGUCCGAGACCGCCUCCCCCGAGACUGCUUUUACCCCCUCCGCCUCGCUCUCGGAGCUCGAUGCUUAUUAUGGGCAUCCUGUCAAGGUGGAAACUGAUGGGGACACCGGUGCGGGACUUGACCCGGCUCACUGGGACUAUCAGUAA